GUAGUCGUUGAAGUCGUCGAAUUUUUCUCUAACGCCGGUGGGUUUAGCAGAUAAACCCUAGAAGAGCUGGGCGGCUUAGUCCCUACUGGCUUAGUAUCAAACUCUUCUCUUUCAUUAUUCCUGUUCGAAAUUCUAGCGACAAUCAUCACUUGGAAGAAGUUAAUGCCAUGGUCGAAUUGGAUGAGAAAGUUCCCUCCUCAUCAGAGGUUGAGGCAAUGAACAAAAGGCGCAAGAGGAAGAGACCCAAGAAAAAUCUUCCUUCAACUACUACGGAAGAAUUGGAACUUCAAAGUUCAAUGCAAGGCGAAGAAGAAGGGGAAGAAGAUGGUGUAAGCAACGAACCAGAGGAGAGAGUGAAAAAAAACGAGAUGAAGAAGAAGAGGAAGACGAAGACGAAAACAAAGGUGAAUGACGAGUUGGAAGACGAAGGGAACGAUAAUGUUAAUGAUGGCGAGGGCGAGGAUGGCGUGGAAGGGGAGGGUGAGGAGGAUGAGAAUAAGAAAAAUAAGGCUAAGACUGGUGGGUCAGGAAUUAUGAGUUCCGUUUCAUUUGAUUCGCUUGAAUUGUCAGAGAAAACUCUACGGGCGAUUAAAGACAUGGGAUUUGAGCAUAUGACUCAGAUUCAAGCCAGAGCAAUUCCGCCUUCUCUAAUUGGGAAAGAUAUUCUUGGAGCUGCAAGGACUGGAUCCGGAAAAACUCUUGCUUUUCUUAUACCAGCUGUGGAGUUGCUGCAUCACAUUUGCUUUACUCCUCGAAAUGGAACUGGCGUUAUAGUUAUUUGCCCAACACGGGAGCUUGCGAUGCAGACACAUGAAGUAGCAAAAGAGCUUCUCAAAUAUCAUUCACAGACACUUGGCCUUGUUACCGGUGGUUCUAGCCGACAAGCUGAGGCUGAUCGUAUUACAAAGGGGGUCAAUCUAUUAAUAGCAACCCCUGGUCGUCUUCUCGACCAUCUUCAGCACACCAAGAAUUUUGUGUUCAAAAACUUGAAGUGUCUCAUAAUCGAUGAAGCAGACAGGAUAUUGGAAACCAAUUUUGAGGAGGAAAUGAAACAAAUUAUAAAUCUUCUCCCAAAGAAUAGGCAGACUGCUUUAUUCUCAGCAACCCAAACACAAAAGGUGGAAGAUCUUGUUCGCUUGUCAUUUCAGUCAACUCCUAUUUAUAUUGAUGUGGACGAUGGUAGAACAAAGGUCACCAAUGAGGGGUUGCAACAAGGUUAUUGUGUUGUGCCCAGCUCUAAAAGAUUCAUUCUUCUAUAUUCCUUCUUGAAGAAAAAUUUAUCUAAGAAAGUAAUGGUCUUCUUCUCAUCUUGUAAUUCUGUGAAAUUCCAUGCGGACCUUCUUAGAUAUAUUAAGGUCGACUGCAUGGAUAUCCAUGGAAAGCAAAAGCAGCAGAAGAGAACUUCUACCUUCUUUUCCUUCAUCAAGGCCCAGACUGGGAUCCUACUAUGUACUGAUGUUGCUGCACGUGGACUUGAUAUACCUGCUGUCGAUUGGAUUGUGCAGUACGAUCCUCCAGAUGAACCGAAGGAAUACAUUCACAGAGUUGGUCGAACAGCUCGAGGGGAAGGUAGCAAAGGAAAUGCCCUACUUUUCCUGAUUCCUGAAGAGAUUCAGUUUCUUCGCUAUCUGAAGGCAGCAAAAGUUCCAGUCAAAGAGUAUGAGUUUAGCGAUAAGAAACUGGCCAACGUGCAAUCUCAUCUGGAGAAACUAGUUGGGAGCAAUUAUUAUUUGAACAAGUCAGCUAAGGAUGCUUAUAGAUCCUAUAUAUUAGCUUACAAUUCACACUCAAUGAAAGAUAUUUUCAAUGUCCACCGCCUUGAUCUGCAGGGUAUUGCUGCUUCAUUCUGCUUUUCCAACCCUCCGAAGGUGAACCUUAACAUUGACAGCAGUGCCUCAAAAUUCAGGAAGAAAACGCGUAAAGUAGAAGGCGUCAACAACAGAUUCAGUAAGAGCAAGAAAGAGGGAGAUGACAGACAGUUCGUAAGAUACUAAGCUCAACUCAACUGCUGUGUUCGUCAAUGAAAUUUUACUUCAAAUUUCUUCAUAGUUGAGGAAAUUUUUACAUUUAUUUGAUGAUGUUCCUUAAAUAGUCUGGUAACCCAGAUGCGAUUUUGUAUCCUAAUAUUCAUACCCUAUUUAAUGAGAGUGACUCUUAUUGAAUGCACAUUUUUGGCAA